CGCUAGUAAGCUCAACGGAAAUGAUACUGUUCGUUGACAGUAUACUAAAAUGAACUAAUAAUAUGUAGUAUAUACUCAUUAAGUUUGUAGUAUACAUUAUGUUAGUAUGAGUAGUCGAACACUGCUUCAGUGUUUGCUCACUUCAACUUUUCAUAUUGCUCGGGCGCGCCGUCUAGUGCCCGUUAGACGUUUGAAACGGAUUUGACCCCAUACUCGUUGCGUUGACGGUCAUAUCGAGAGAAAACAGGAUGCUGCCGAGCGCAUCCCCGUUACCGCGCCCGUCUGAAAGGAGGACAGGGCUGGUUGGAAGGAAUCUGGUCCGUUCUCAUAUAGCUACUCUUUGUUAACAAAAGAGACCGCUUCUGGUUUGAUUAGAAAGAAAAGAGAGGUUCGAGCUUGCUCCCCCGUUUCUCGAAAGAAAAUCAAAAGACUACUUUAUAUUUUGGGCAGAUAUGGGUUGGGUUGUAGGUGGGUUGGGUUUGGGGCAGAUAUGGGUUGGGUUGUAGGUGGGUUGGGUUUGGUAAUUCGUUGCUGAGUUAGCUGGCUUGCUGUUCUUAUUUCUAAGACGCUAUGGCUAAGCAGUAUGAUGUGCUCUUCCGACUCCUGCUUCUCGGUGAUUCCGGGGUUGGAAAAACAUGUUUAUUAUGCAGAUUCACGGACAACGAAUUUCACCCGUCUCACAUCUCCACAAUCGGAGUCGAUUUUAAAAUGAAGACACUGGAGAUAGAUGGCAUCAAAGUAAGGAUACAGAUAUGGGACACAGCAGGACAGGAGAGAUAUCAGACCAUCACUAAGCAGUACUACAGACGAGCACAGGGAAUCUUCCUGGUUUACGACAUUACAAGUGAGCGAUCCUUCCAGCACAUCAUGAAGUGGGCCAGCGAUGUGGACGAGUAUGCUCCUGAUAACAUCCAAAAGAUCCUCAUAGGGAACAAGUCAGACGAGGAGGAGAAGAGGCAGGUAGCUACAGAACAGGGCAACAAGCUGGCCAAGGAUUAUGGGAUGGACUUCUUUGAGACAAGUGCCUUCACCAACCAUAACAUAACAGAGUCCUUCACGCGAUUGGCUGAGCAGGUCCUAUCGGCCAAUAAGAAGGACCUGGACCUCCUGAGGGCGUCGGUCACAGACGAGCUCAACCUCGCCGCCCUGGAGGAGGAGGAGGGCAUCACAGACGUGGCCGCCGCCUCACAGAAGGGCUGCUGGUGUUAAGGGCCUGGUCAAAAAGUUGUACACUAUGUAGAGAAUAGGGUGAGAAAAGUAGGGAACUAUAUAGGGAAUAGGGUGCCACUUCUCCUUAUGUAAGGACUGGGUCUGGCUGCGUCUUGGAUCACACCCUAUUCCUUUUGCGAGCUCUGGUUGAAAGUGGUGCACUUUGUAGGGAAUAGAGUGACACAAGUGGUGCACUAUGUAGGGAAUAGGGUGGGGGGGUGACACUUUUCGUAGCUGAUUGCCUUUCUACCAUUGUAGGUGGUGUACUGGUGUUUGAUAGGUUUUUACCAAUGAUGUAUGUAAACCCUGGAUUGCUAAUGCUAUGUAUUGGUAUUGCUUUGAAGUCACCGGUCGGCCAUGUUGGCACUCCUCAGAAAUGCAGUCCUCUAGGAAUUAAUGGAAUUCUACAGUAUUUCAUUGAAAUGCUUCAAGGACAAAAUUACAUGUAUUUAAGUAUUUUUUUGUUAUUGUGGGGACAGUAAUAUCAGUACUUUCUAAAAAUGUUUUUUUUUUCUAUAUAUUUUUUGGUAUAUUUAGCUAACAAUAUAAUUCAAAAGUUUGCUUUAAGUUGUCUGUAAUAAUAGAAUAAACGUGGCAAAAACAAAUUUAGACAUUUAUAAAUGCAUUUAUAUAUCUCCCUAAGUAUUUUUUUUACACUUGUGGGGGAGUACCAAGAUGGAGGCGCAGUGGCUUCAAAACAGCGCCCCCUAUAAGGCAUCUAGUGUAUAUAUAAAGCUGUGUUUUUUUUCAUGGUAUUUUUCAUUGUAGUUCAUAGAUUUCGGCACCAGAGGAUGCUACUGAUACAUGCUACGUUGCUAUAUGAAGCAGAUACACUGCAGAGCUGUUGAUGAAGGGGUCACGACACAUUACACUGUUCUACUGUAGUGAGUCUCAAAUCACACCUUAUUCCCUUUAUAGUACACUGCUUGGCUCUGCUCAGACCUACUGCACUAUAGGGGAUAGGGUGUUGUUUGUUGUGCAGACAAUGUUCCGUUUAGCUUUGCAAUUGUGUUUCUCAAGACAAUUUUCCAUGAUAAUGUACAUUAGUUUAAUGUUAGUUUAAACCUAUGAGCAUUACAGGCCUGUAAAAAGUGUUGACAUUUAAUUUUGAUAGAAUCACAAAUGGAAUAUUUCAAUCUAUGAUGACAUAUUUCGUUUGCUUCAGUUUUACGCCCUAUUAUCCACUAGAUGGCUGCUGUUUCCAGAGUGGCCCAUUGAAUAGAAACUUAGAAACAUAUUAUCCAGACUAGCAAAGGACCAGCAAGAGAUUUGCAUGUGUCCAACUUUCAUCCUCUUCUUCUUCUGUCUUGCAACUUCAAUGAAGUAAAUUUUUUAACUGAUCAUUAUACCCCUAUAACCGUAUUUUAGCUUUUGACCAGAGUGUCUAUACGAACUGACCAUAGGACUAACCUCUACUGUCUGCAACUACUGACUCAAUGUUACUACUGCUACUGUCAAAACCUACAGUUUGUGUGUAAGUGAUAAUAUGGUAUGUUGUUUUGAAUGAAAUACAGGACUGUGAUCUCUAGAUACAGGUGAAAUACAGGACUAUGAUCUCUAGAUACAGGUGAAAUACAGGACUAUGAUCUCUAGAUACAGGUGAAAUACAGGACUGUGAUCUCUAGAUACAGGUGAAAUACAGGACUGUGAUCUCUAGAUACAGGUGAAAUACAGGACUAUGAUCUCUAGAUACAGGUGAAAUACAGGACUAUGAUCUCUAGAUACAGGUGAAAUACAGGAUUAUGAUCUCUAGAUACAGGUGAAAUACAGGACUAUGAUCUCUAAAUACAGGUGAAAUACAGGACUGUGAUCUCUAGAUACAGGUGAAAUACAGGACUGUGAUCUCUAGAUACAGGUGAAAUACAGGACUAUGAUCUCUAGAUACAGGUGAAAUACAGGACUAUGAUCUCUAGAUACAGGUGAAAUACAGGACUGUGAUCUCUAGAUACAGGUGAAAUACAGGACUAUGAUCUCUAGAUACAGGUGAAAUACAGGACUAUGAUCUCUAGAUACAGGUGAAAUACAGGACUAUGAUCUCUAGAUACAGGUGAAAUACAGGACUAUGAUCUGAGAUGAUGAAAUGUAUAUCUGUGCUGUUUGAUAAUGACUACUUGAAUUGCAUUUGGUGGAAAUAUAUAACGAGCAACGUUGUAAUACUUUCAAAUGUUUAUUGAAUAAAUACUGGCAGAUGAAUGACUCAUCAUGCUGUGUGGUAACUUGAUAAAAUAAAGAAUGGGUGAUAUUGGCCACCCCUGUGUCAUGGAGCAAUAGGAAUCAAUAAAGCAUGAAUUGGAUUGAAUUCCAGGCAACAGUG